UCGAAACCCCGCCUCUCCUCGUGGCGUCAAUACGUCAGGCGCGACUGACUAUAAAAGCCGUGCGGGCGGCGACGCAGCUAAUUGGAUCCGUUUCCAGCGCAGGUGUUGUUUAUGUGUGUGAGACGACGCACGACUCCGCGCCGCUUUGUCGCGACAGCGCUUGCUCAGCCCCUGACACUUUGAGUGUCCGCGAGCCCGACCCCUGAAGGUGAGAUGAACACGCUGGAUUCCCGAGCCGUCCGGACCUGCGAUCGCUUCUGGAAGCCCGAGCCGGCCCUCCUGUCCCCCGGGUGACGUGCAGCCCCAACGCCCAGACAGAUGGCACCAGGCCAAGUGCCCUAUCAAGCCACCUCCUGGAGGGACGCCCAUCCGUUCUUCCUCCUGUCCCCACUGAUGGGCUUCCUUAGCCGGGCCUGGGGCCGCCUGAGGGGCCCAGGGCCCCCUGAGCCCUGGCUGGUGGGCGCGAUAAUGGGCACAGAUGACGUAGAAGCCGGCCUGGAGGUGAAGGCUGAGGCCCCUCUGGCAGCCCACUGUGCCCUCGGGAACAGGCACCACCGAGGGCAGGCUGACCACAGCAGAGCACCGGGAGAGGACGGAGAAGCGUCCUGGGGUGUCUGCCUUGACCAGAAAGCCGACAGUCCCCUUCUCGGCGCCUGGGGACAUUCAGAUGAUGACGAUGAAGAGUAUAGUGAGGACGCAGCACUGAGUGUCCCCAGGGGGUGGGUAAGUGGGCACAGGGAUGGCCAGCCUGCCCGCCUGCCCCCCAGCCCUCCGAUAAGAACCCUGCAAGCCUCUGAUAAGAACCCUGGGGAGGAGGCAGCCGAGGAAGAGGGAGUCGCUGAAGACCGGGGAGUGACCAAGUUCUCUUAUCCUGUGUCACACUGCGAGUGCUGGCCAGGGGUGGGAGAGGAGGAUGGAGACGCUGUAGAGAAAGAGGCUCCUGGAACCCCUCCCUCCCCCUUCUUCCCGGGAUCCAAGCCCAGCACUUGGGUGUAUUGCCCAGGGGAGGGAACAGAUCAAGCCACGGAGGAAGAAAAAAAACCAGGAAACAGAGAAGCCCAGAAGAGCUCCAUUGCCCCCUCCUCUUCAGCCUCUAAGCUCAGGGCCUGGGAGUAUCGUCCAGGAGAGGAGUCCGAGGACGACGACGAGAAGGCCCAUGGGGCAGCUGAGAAAGGACAGGCUGGCCCGGAGCCACACUCCCCGGUUCCAGCCCAGAGGCUGCUGCACGGGGCCUGGGAGGAUCAACCCAGAGAGAACACGGAAGAGAAGGAUGAUGAGGACAAGGACAACCCUGUGGGGGUAGCUGAGAAGGAGGAAGGAGCUGAAGGUUCUUUCUCCAUCCCUCCUUCCACAAGUGCCUUCUUGAAAAACUGGGUGUGUCGGCCUGGAGAGGACACGGAGGAGGAGGAAGAUGAAGACAGUGAAUCAGAAUGGGCUGAGGAAGACGGAGAAGCUGAGGUGUCCUCCUCCACCCCCCCUACAGGUGCCUUCUCGAAGGCCUGGGUGUGUCGGCCUGGAGAGGACACGGAGGAGGAGGAGGAAGAUGAAGACCGUGAAUCAGAAUGGGCUGAGGAAGACGGAGAAGCUGAGGUGUCCUCUUCCGCCCCCACCGCAGGUGCCUUCUUGAAGGCCUGGGUGUAUCGGCCUGGAGAGGACACGGAGGAGGAAGAGGAGGAGGAGGAGCAGGAGGAGGAGGAGGACCACAACAACGACAACAAAGGAGAUGAUUCAGGAGCAGCUGACUGGGCCCUGGGACCCUCUCUUCAGGCCCAGCAUGCCCUCAGGGGCUGGCUAGACCAUCCUGGAGAGGAGACAGAGGAAGAGGAGGCUGCCGAGGAAUGGGGAGAGGCUGAACCCUGCCAUUUCCGAGUGGCUUUCUAUUUACCUGGACAGAAGCCACCACCUCCCUGGACUCCUCCUAAGCUGCCUGGCCGCCUGCAGAGACGGCUCAGGUUCUCAGAGCCCCGGACCUGGGAUCCAGACCCUGAGACUCCACUGAAAGCCAGAAAGGUGCGCUUCUCUGAGAAGGUCACCGUCCACUUCCUGACUGUCUGGGCCGGUCCGGCCCAGGCUGCCCGCCGCGGUCCCUGGGAGGAGUUUGCGCGAGAUCGCAGCCGAUUUGCCCGCCGCAUUGCCCAGGCCCAGGAGGAGCUGGGCCCCUACCUCACCCCUGCAGCCCGGGCCAGAGCCUGGACGCGCCUCAGGAACCCACCCGCUUCUCUGGCUCCCCCACCUGCCCCUCCGGAUACCCUGGCUUCCUCCCCAGCCCAGGCCACGCCCUUGAGCCAUGCUGUGGCCACACCCUCUCCAUCUCCUCCAGGUUCCCCUGAGUCGCCUAGCCUGGACCUUGAUGGGAGGCGUGGGUAAAACCAACUGGUUUACCUGUUAUUUAUUAACUAUUUACUUUUUUAAAGUGUUGGUUUAUAUAAAGAAUAAAACUUCGUAGUGA